AUGGCCACCGGAGAGGGAGCCGCGACGACUCGCACUCUUCAACAGACGCCUACUUGGGCUGUGGCCACCGUUUGCCUCGUCUUCAUCGCCCUUUCCAUUUUGAUCGAACACUUGAUCCAUCUCAUUUCGAAAUGGCUCAAGGGACAUAAGAAAACUGCACUUUUUGAGGCUGUGGAGAAGCUUAAAUCAGUGCUCAUGGUGCUGGGUUUCAUGUCUCUGAUAUUAACAGUAACUCAGAGCGCUCUCUCCAAAAUUUGUAUACCCAAUAAACUGGCAAAUACUAUGCUUCCAUGCCAUAAAAGUCAACCCACAAAAACUACCGAAGCAAUAGGAUAUGACCAAAUAUGGAGCCACCAAUUACAUGAAAGAACAUUGGCUGCUGACACUUCUGAAUCUUCUAGUUAUUGUGGUUCCAAGGGAAUGACAUCGCUGAUAUCUACGGAUGGGGCGAACCAGUUGAGCAUCUUUCUUUUUGUGUUAGCAGCUAUGCAAAUUGUGUAUAGUGUGGUCACAAUGGCUUUAGGAAGGGCCAAGAUGAGGCGUUGGAAAGCCUGGGAGAAGGAGUCUCAAACGGUGGAAUACCAAGCUGCCAACGAUCCUAAUCGCUUUAGAUUCGCAAGGCAAACGACUUUUGCGCGUAGGCAUAUGAAUUCAUGUGCAGAGACAUCAAUCCUUCUGUGGAUUAAAUGCUUCUUUCAACAGUUCUUCAACUCUGUAGCAAAAGUUGACUACCUUACCCUGCGCCAUGGUUUCAUCUCUGCUCAUUUAUCAACUAAUACUACCUUCAAUUUCCAAAAAUACAUACAAAGAUCAUUGGAGGAUGAUUUCAAAGUUGUUGUUGGCAUCAGCCCUUUAAUGUGGUUUUUUGUUGUUAUCUUCCUGCUGAUGGACGUACAUGGCUGGAAUGUGUUCCUAUGGGUAUCAUUUCUCCCAUUGACAAUAGUGCUGGUUCUAGGAACCAAGCUCCAGGUAGUUGUAGCAAAAAUGGCACAUCAAGUCAAAGAUCAGAACAGUGUAAUUCAAGGUGCCCCUUUGGUGCAACCCAACGACAACUUCUUCUGGCUCAGUCAACCCAAACUUGUCUUGACCCUUUUGCACUACACUUUAUUCAUGAAUGCAUUUGAGGCUGCAUUUUUCGUCUGGGUCACGUCACAAUAUGGAAUAAAGUCCUGCUACCAUGAAUACCCAGGAAUAAUCGUUACCAGAAUGGUGUUAGCGGUGACAGUUCAGGUCCUGUGCAGUUACAUUACUCUUCCACUCUAUGCUCUUGUGACCCAGAUGGGAUCAAAUUUCAAGAGCGCACUGUUUGAAGAGCAUACAGCUAAUGCUAUAAGACAGUGGCACGCCGUAGUGAAGCAGAAACGGAAAAAACAAGGCGGAGCUUCACGCGUUGGCAAUGAUUAUUCCAACAGCAACAGAAACAUUUCCUCGGAUUUAUCAACUAAUCAUCCAACACCAAAUCCGUCAGAAAUCGCAAGCUUUCCUAGCAGAACUGAGAUUGUUGAAGAAGAUACAGAGAUACAAGAAGAAGCAGCUGGCCCUGAUGUGAAUAAAGUUCCCACUGCGGUGGAUAUAGAAAUGCCUUCGACGGGGAAGUCCCUAGCUAACAAGUGAAUACAUAAGAUUACAUUCUCUGAUCAAUUCCAGUGCCAUUUCUGUUCCUCUGUAAAUGUGAUUCGGUUUGGUUGCUAAAGUGUCUUAAUGGGUAAA